AUUUUUCAAUUCCGCUAAUCAUUUUUCUCAAAUUUGUGAAAAAUAGAGCGAAUUUUCCCAAGUUUUCGAGUUUUUUUUUCGAUUAAUGAUGCGAAUAAGUGAUUAAGCAAUAGUUACUUUGUAUUUAGAGAUAUUAUAUACUAUUCCAGUAGAUUUACCGCUGAUAUUUCCCGAUUUCACGUAGGAUCUCUCAACUGAUAUCAUGUCUGCCGGUACUGAUUUCGUUGCCAUGUUGAUGGAAAUGGGAUUCAGCAAGGAGAAAGCCGAAAAAGGAUUAUCCAUGACCGGUAAUGUAGGUGUGGAAGCUGCCAUGGAAUGGAUAUUCAACCACGCGGAUGAAUUCGAACCAGGUUCUUCUAAAAGUACUUCGGAACCUCCAGCUGCCUCUACAAGCGAUUCAGCUCCACCUCCUACUGAUAAAGAUGCUGAUGCAGAGGCAGAGGUGGCCAAAUCAAUUAAAUGCGAAGAUUGUAAUAAAUUAUUCAAAACCCAACUCGAAGUAGAAUAUCAUGCUACUAAAUCUGGACAUAGUAACUUUUCCGAAUCCACUGAAGAGAAAAAACCUCUAACCGAAGAAGAAAGACGAGAACAGCUGAGGAAAAUAGAAGAAAAAUUGAAGCUUAAACGUAAAGAACGAGAAGAAAAAGAGAAACAAGAAGCUUUGGAUAAGGAGAAACGAAGGAUACAGUCUGGCAAAGAAAUGACCGAAGCUAAAAAGAAGAUGGAAGAACAAGAAAUGAAAAAAAUAGUAGAACUGCGUAAAAGAGAAAAAGAAGAAGAAAGACAAGCUCGAUUACGAGUAAAACAACUGAUCGAAGCUGAUAAAUUAGCACGUAAAGGAAUCACACCGGAUAACGUAGCCAGUACAGUAGUAGCUGCUCCUGAGGUCAAAGCACCUGUAGUUAGUGCCCCUCCAAAAGAUUAUUCACAGACUAGAAUUCAAAUAAGACUUACAAAUGGAAGUACGCUUACCGAAACUUUUAACGUUAAGGAACAAUUAGCUGCUGUCAGGUUAUACGUUGAAAUGAAUAGAACAGACGAGAAAGGGCCUUUUUCACUUAUGACUAAUUUCCCCAAGAAGAUAUUCACCGAAGACGAAUAUGGUCAAAGACUCGAAGAUUUAAAACUCGUGCCUAGUGCUGUGUUGAUUGUUACGAAGAGCAAAGCAUAAAUAUUUUUUACCGCUUUUUUUUUAAUGAACGUGCAAAAUUGUACUUCAGAUCUUUUUACGUGAUUUGAUUUUUAAAGAUCAUGUAUUAUUCUGUAUCUAUAUUCCAUGAUGUACCACUGGGUGUGUAAUAUAUAACUAACCGUAAUUUACAA